AUGCUAUCGGCACCUGGUGAUGGGUGCCCAGGCCGCGACACUGCUUAUUACGAGGGCCAAUGGUUGGCCCAACGAGAACGUCAGCUGGAUGUAAUGACUGAAACAAAGAAAGAGCUGAGGGAGAAGAUGGGUGUCUUACUGACUUUGGAAGAAGGACUACACGUUGCUCUGGGUCGACUUGCUAACCUGCAAACCAAUCGCCAAGGUGCUAGGACUCAAGCCGAGCGCAAUGAGUUACUAGCGCUACCAGCCACCGUGGUUGAUUUUGAAGAACGAAUUGAAGAGGUUGCGGCCGAACUUGGAGGCAAUGAGUAUCAAGCUCUGUUAGGGGUCAACUCCACUCAAACCAAUGCGAUUCUCGGCAUCACGAUUGCGCGAGCCCACAUGUAUGAAGCUAGAGUUGGGGUCGUCGAAGCCAGACUGCGUCAGCAUCGCAACACAGCAGCAGCACACGGCGCGCCAUUGUAG